ACUUAUUAAACAACAUAUAUAGUGAUCUGAUUGAGUGAUACAUGGCCACUUCUCAUAUAUUAUUUCUCUCUUUCCUUUUUCAUAUUCUUCUUCUUCUCGUUUCACUUCCUUUGGAGACUGCAACUUCUGGAACAACUGAGGGAAGAGCCCUUCUCAAAUGGAAGAGCACCCUUGAUUUCAAUACUGAUGUUCUUCAUUCUUGGUCUAUUGCUAAUCUUGACAACAUUUGCUGGAAUUGGACAGAAAACCCGGCUCUGUGUGGAUUUCCACUAACUUUGAAAUGCCAGUACAGAGGUGAAGGGAAAGCACCAGCUGUGGAGGAUUCACAAAUUUUUUGGAGUGGAUUUGGUUGGAGAAGUGUUGUUAUUGGAUAUAGUUGUGGCAUGCCAUUUGGUAUCUUCAUAGGAUAUCUCAUAUUCAAGUUUCGAAAACCACAGUGGCUUAUAAGGUUAAUACUUGGGAAUUGAUAGUGGGAGUGCAAGAGUCAAGAGGAUGGUGAGAUGAAUUGAAGCAAUGCAGCAGUCUUAGUCUGUGACCCAUUGUGGUUUUCUUUGUCUGUUUUUACAG